AUGUUUGCUGGCAACAGACAUAUCCAAAGGCCAAGAGCUGAAAUUGACAAUACAGACAGUUUGAUAUCCAGAGAGGUUUAUCAUGGGUUGAGAGUUGAUGUAGAACAUCAAUCCCUCCAGGUUUCCAGAGAAUAUAGUUCUUCAUCGGAAUAUUCCAGUACACCAUCUAGCCCUAUGGGACUUCAUGCCAGGGAAGAGAGCUCUGACAGCGCAGAAGAAAAUGACAGACGUGCAGAGAUACACAAGGAAUUUUCAGAGAAGGAAAAGACAGCAGUGCUGUUGAAUCACUACACAACAUCAGUAAGGCCUACAGCUCAAGUUCUGCCAGUACAGAAUGACACAGCAUCAACCUGUGCUAGCCAUAACUCUAUGCCUGUGCAAGGAGCAGCAGCUUCUUCCAACAUUGCUCCAUCUCGAUUGUUAAACUCCAUGCAACGAUCAGAAAAAGGAAAUGCAGAAAUAAAACUGCCAACUGGGAGCUGUACAUUUAUACACUCUUCUGGAUCUUUAGAAGAAAAGAAUAAAACUUCAUUUACUUCAAUAGGUUCCAGGAACAACUUUAAAGCAGAAAAAGGGAAACUGACGGUGGAUGCCAUGCCACCUUCAUAUCAGCCUUUGUCAGUUUUUUCCAGUAUUCAUGAAAGUAAUGUAUGUCCAACUAGUGCUGUUAAAGGUGGAUAUGCUUCUACCCUGGAAAGGUUUAAAACAGCUGCACAGCCAUCAAUGGCUGUUGAGUCUGGUAGUGUCACAACUGUGACAUCAAAUUCUGCCUUCCAUAUGUCACCUUCACCUUUCAAAAUUACCGUCUCAUCUUCAGUUUCUAAUUCUUCUAUUACAGGACAUCGUACUUAUUCCAGCACUACACAUGCAAGUGCCCCUCCUCCAGUAAUAGCUGCUAGGGGUACCCCUUACCUAACCAGUGCCAAAGUUACCUUGCCAGCAGUAAGUAGUAUGCCAAUGCACUCAAUUCCAGGAACGUUUUGUUCCAACAGUGGCAAUAACCCUUCAAGUUGUCAUCCAUCAUCAUUUUCAAACCCACCUACCAUGCAUAUAUGCCCUAUUCCUAGUUCAAGCCCAGCUCUUUCAUCUGUUACUGACAACACCUGCUAUAACAGCAGUAGCAGUGCAGUCACAGUACAGAAUCAGAAUCAUCAGCCUGGAUGUGGAGUGUGCAGUUCUUGUGGAUGUAGUGGAAGCUGUGGCUCCAGCCCCACACCUUUAAACUAUGCUACUUACUUGCAUAGUCACUUUUCGGUACCUUCAGUAUUGCAGAUCCCACUUUUACCCUUCCCCCCAUUGUGCAACAGUGGUUAUAUUAAUAGCAGCCCUGCUUUUCCUGUUGUACAUCCAUCUUACAAUAAUGGUUUACCUUCAGAAUCUGUACUCAGUGGACAGUCUGGCUUCAUAAUGCCUCAAGUGCAGACUUUCUUAGGAGGAACAACAGGGGGAUACCAGGUAACAGGAUUGAUGGGAAAUGCCCUUGGUUCAAGCCAUAAAAGGAAUGGAAACAUUUCCUGUUACAACUGUGGAGCUGUAGGUCAUCGAGCUCUGGACUGUAAGAUGCCACCAGCAGAUUCUGGUCAACAAGGAAAUACACUUGCAUACCAUACAAAACCUGAAGUUAGGUGACCAUUUUUGAUCAUAGGAGUGGGAUGAAAAUCCUAGUUUGAGCCAUUUUGUUUCAGAAUUGAACCUGGCUGGAUUCAUCUUCCCUGUGCUUGUAACUUUAUAAGUAUUAUAAAGGGAGUUAUUUGUAAAUACUGAGAGAUACAACUUGAAAUUUAAAUAUCUGAUGUUUGUGUUUGAUUUUUUUAUGUUUUAUUACAGUUUCUUAAGUAAACAUUUUUAAAAGUUACAUUUGUAAUAGCACAUUUAUUGUAGAAAGUUACUACAACAGAAAAUACAUAAUAAAGGCUUCUAAAUGUUCACCUGUUUAUGACCCAAGUACAGCAAUGGAGUUAAGCAGCAGGUCUGUGAAUAUUUAUAGUAUUAAAAAAAUUUAAUAAG